GCUGGACUGGAACUCAAGAGAUCUGCCUGCCUCUGCCUCCCAAGUCCCGGGAUUAAGUGAAUGCACCACCAUUACCUGAUUUGGGUAGAAUUUCAUGGUCUCCAGUAAUAAAACUCAGGUUAAAAUUUAUUUUUUGAGACAGGGUCUCACUAUGUAAUGAUGGCCAUCCCAGAAUCCCACUAUGUAGACUAGGCUGGUCUUGAACUCACAGAGACCUGUUGCCUUCUGCCUACUGGGAUUUUUAUAUACCACCACACCAGCAAGUUGCAGAGUUUGUAAGAAGGAUGUACUUUAAAUUCUGUGAACAUGGAGGUCUGAGUGUUGUGAUUUGGCUACCCCACCAUUUGCCGUCAGUUCACCAAAGUAAAUCCAGCCUAAGGGAAUGGAUACUUGGCAGAGAAAGCAAAGAAUUGUUUAUUAGAAAUUCAUAAGCCGAGCGUUGGUGGCCCACGCCUUUAAUCCCAGCACUUGGGAGGCAGAGGCAGGUGGAUCUCUGUGAGGCCAGCCUGGUCUCCAGAGCGAGUGCCACCAUAGGCUCCAAAGCAAAAAAAAAAAGAAGAAGAAGAAAUUCACAGCAUUUGCUGGUUGUGGUGGAACAUACCUUUGACCCCUGACCUGGGGAGCUAAGGCAGGCUCCCUAGUUGGAUGCCAGCCUGGACUACCAUAGUGAGUCUGCUUCAAAAGCAAGGCUACGCUAUAUAGAUAGCUGAGUAUACAUUUAAUGCUCACAACUUUGAGGUUGAGCUUGUUGCAUCAGACCCCUUUUAUACAAAGGACAGUCAGGUAUGUAGAGGAAGAGCAGGUCCCCCAGCAUCAUAAACUCCUGGCAUGACAGGGUUGAAGGUGCUACUUGUAAUAGACCUUUGAAUGCUUUUCUUUCCUUUGGUUUUUCGACACAGGGUUUCUUUGUGUAAUAGCCCUAGCUGUCCUGGAACUAGCUCUGUAGACCAGGUUGGCCUGGAACUCACAGAUAUCCACCUGCCUCUGCUUCCCGAGUGCUUGGAUUAAAGGACCACCACUGUCCUACUUUGAAUGGUUUUCUGAUCCAUGUGGCUCUUCUGUUUGUUCUUAGGGGAUCGUUAAUUUUUGGCCACUUCUGAAGUCUUGAAGAAGCUCCCUAUCAAGGAAGAUCAGGAAUAACAGCCCUCACUGUCAGUUAGAGAAUGGACCGUUUGGGUUCCUUUAGCAAUGAUCCAUCUGAUAAGCCCCCUUGCAGAGGCUGCUCCUCCUACCUCAUGGAACCUUACAUUAAGUGUGCUGAAUGCGGGCCUCCUCCUUUCUUCCUGUGUUUGCAGUGUUUCACUCGAGGAUUUGAGUACAAGAAACAUCAGAGUGAUCAUACUUACGAGAUAAUGACCUCAGACUUUCCUGUUCUUGAUCCCAGCUGGACGGCUCAGGAAGAAAUGGCCCUUUUAGAAGCUGUAAUGGACUGUGGCUUUGGAAAUUGGCAGGAUGUAGCUAAUCAGAUGUGCACCAAAACCAAAGAGGAAUGUGAGAAGCACUACAUGAAGCAUUUCAUCAAUAACCCUCUGUUUGCAUCUACCCUGCUAAACCUGAAGCAAGCUGAGGCAGCCAAAACUGCUGACACAGCCAUUCCAUUUCACUCUGCAGAUGACCCUCCCCGGCCUGCUUUUGACUCAUUGUUGUCUCGGGACAUGGCAGGAUACAUGCCAGCUCGGGCAGAUUUCAUUGAGGAGUUUGACAAUUACGCAGAAUGGGACUUAAGAGACAUUGAUUUUGUUGAAGACGACUCAGACAUCUUACAUGCUCUGAAGAUAGCUGUGGUGGAUAUCUAUCAUUCCAGGUUAAAAGAGAGGCAAAGACGAAAAAAGAUUAUAAGAGAUCAUGGAUUAGUCAACCUUAGAAAGUUCCGAUUAAUGGAACGGCGGUAUCCCAAGGAGGUCCAAGACCUUUAUGAAACAAUGAGGCGAUUUGCAAGGAUUGUGGGACCAGUGGAACAUGACAAGUUCAUUGAAAGCCAUGCAUUGGAAUUUGAACUCCGGAGGGAAAUCAAGAGGCUCCAAGAAUAUAGGACAGCAGGCAUUACCAAUUUUUGUAGUGCCAGGACAUACGAUCACCUGAAGAAGACUAGAGAGGAGGAGCGCCUCAAACGCACCAUGCUCUCAGAAGUUCUCCAGUACAUCCAGGACAGUAGUGCGUGCCAGCAGUGGCUCCGCCGGCAGGCUGACAUUGAUUCUGGGCUGAGUCCUUCUGUUCUGACGGCUUCAAACUCAGGAAGACGAAGUGCACCACCUUUGAACCUCACUGGCCUCCCUGGUACAGAGAAACUCAAUGAAAAAGAAAAGGAGCUCUGUCAGGUGGUGAGGUUGGUACCUGGAGCCUAUUUAGAAUAUAAAUCUGCUCUGUUGAAUGAGUGUAACAAGCAAGGAGGCUUGAGACUGGCACAGGCAAGAGCACUCAUCAAGAUAGACGUGAACAAAACCCGGAAAAUCUAUGACUUCCUCAUCCGAGAGGGGUACAUCACCAAAGCCUGAGUCUCUGCUUAGCAAUGCAAACCAGAAGUUUGGAAUGCGGCGGGUCAAAGGUCAAUGUACACAUGUUGGAGACUUGGGUUUGAGUUGGAUUCUUAUUGUGAAAAGAAGGAAAGACUCGGGGACUCCAAGUGCAUCAGUUUCUUCUCUGCCUUGCUGUAAAGUGCUCCUGUUGUGGGAAUAGUGAUGCAGUGUGUGUGCUCACCUAGUUAUUAUUAAACAUGAGUGGGCAUUCUUUCCUAGCACCUCUUGUAACUCAGACAAGAACCAUAGUACCUCACAUCAUGGCUUUGGUGAAAAUAGAACCAAGCCAAGCCACGACACAGCAUUUCAUCCCAGGAGUCCAGCCCAGAUCCUUGCACUUGAGAGUGAAGCUCGCUGACUCUAUGCCUUCUCAUUUUGCAGAUAGAUUUUAAAUAAAGAGGAGGGUUUUUAAAGCACAGGAAAACCUUUUCUUUCAAGGAUUUUUUUUUUUUUUUUAAGCUGACGUCUUAGUUUAUGAGCUGAAGAGGUGGAAUAUCUCCCCGUGAUGGUCUGUCUCAAGCUGCAUUUUUAACUUUUGUGUCUGGCUUUGUACUUUGCAGUCUGGCUGUCUGAUCUGCAGUAGACUCUUGAGGAGGUGGCACCGGAUAUAAAAUGUCUCUGUUAUUUUUAGAAUUAAUGGAUUAAAAUGUUUUGCUAUUUAA